AUUUAAUAUGCUACAAUUAAUUAGGGUAGGAAAGAGACAGUUAGUGUGUGUUCCUUCGUUUAAUUAUAAAUUAAGAAGGCCCGCCCCGAAGAUGUCAGAAUAUGACAAGGAAAGGAUUGAAUAUAAGCAUUUAAUGAAUUAGGUAGGAAAUUGGUGAUAUCAAAGUAUAGGUCAAGAAUCGUCAAGGACUUUUGGGAAGAAUAAACCAAAAUUGAAAAUCAAUAUAUCGACGACUUUUUGGCAAAAGAAAAAGCUAAAUAAGAGAGACUUGAUAUUCAUAGAAGAAAUUAGACUGUAAUCUAAACAUUUAAUGCAACCUAAUAAUUCAAUAAGUUACAAGACAUCAGAAGAGUCAGAAAUGAAAGAGUCAAGAAAUAUCUGGUUGAAUAAGACAUUAAAAAAAUGAAUAGGCAAUAAAUAAUCAGAGUAUUAAAUGAAGAAUCUAAAAAUUGGAUUUCAGAUAAGAACUCAUAUGAAAAAUUAGUAGGAAAUCUAUUAAUUCCUGACACUGUUCUAGAUGAAAUAUCAUACUAUCAUGAUUUAUAAGAGAAAGCAAUUCUUUAUGAAACAGCUUAAUAUGAAGAAAUUGAUAAGUAUACAGUAUAUUUAUUCAAUUAGAUUAAAUGAUCCAAAUAUCUAGUUAGAAUGGAAGAAUAGACUUGGAAUGCCAUUAUAUCAAAGAAUUGUGACCUUAAUCAAAUUCUUAAAAUAAGACAAUGUAAUAGGAAAUUUAAAAUUUGAAUGGGAUACAUGUUAAGCAAUCAUUUUGACUGACAAAAAAUUAAGCGAAAAGGAAAUGGCUGAAUAAUUAGAUAAAGUCAAUGGUGCAUUUUAAACUGUCAUAGCAUAAAAGAUUGAAGAACUUGAAAACAACCCAGUUAAACGAUUAGAAGAAAUGAAUAAAUAACUUAUAAGAUUAUACAAUCUCCUUGAAUUAUGGGAUAAAUACAUCACCAUAGUGAAAAUGGAUAACUCAACUGCUCAAUAAAUAAUGUAAGCAGCCAAAGCCUAAAUUAAUCUAUUUGAAUCAGAAGGUGGAAAAGAUUAUAUGAUCACCUCUGAUAAUAGUCUCAUUGAGAAGUUAAAUGGAAAAGAGGCUCCAAGUAAGGAAGAAAAAGACGAUAAGUAUAUCAGUGCUGAUGAAACACAUACAGAUAGCGAAGAUAUUGAUUUGGAAAAUCUAUAGAAGAAGAAGGAAACCAAAGACAUUUAUGGUGGCAGAACCACAAAAUCAUAUGACUUCGAUACUGAAAGAAUUAAGGAUAAGGACAAAGAGUUCUCUAAAUUAGUUGAAGAAUUAUUUGCUAAAGCUGAAGCAAAAGCCAAGGAAUCCAACCUUGAAUUCGAAUCUAACUACAGAAAGAACCCUCAUCAAAAAGUAUUUUACAAUGACAAUCUAAACGCUCCUAAUGUUCCUGAUGCUAGAUCAGUUUUCGAAGGAGUAGAUUUGGAAUAACUAUUCCCUUCUGAAAUUCUCAAUGACGAAACCAAGACUCCUUAUCUUGAUUUCAAAAAUGUCGAAGAUAUCGAAAAUCAUUAUUAUGAAUUAGUAAGAUCAUCUUAUUUAUUCUUCAUAGAAAGCUAUCUACAGUCUUAGAAAAUAAGGUGAACAGAAUAUCCUUAUGAACCCAGAUGUUUAAAAAUUCAACACCACAAUCACUGCCCAAACUUACAAGCAAAUCCUCAAUAAUUUGGAUGUUCCAUAAGAGUAUUCUAAAUUGAAGCAAGACACCUAAAAAUUGGUUGAUGCAGUUGGGGAGAUUAAAGUCACUGAUGCCGAUUUCUUAUUGAAGAUCUGGAAUUAUUAUAAUUGAUGAUAAAUAAGAAUAUGUAUAAAAUAAAA